GACGUGGGAAAUCUGAAAAUCUCUUUCUCAGAAAAAAUAAUAACAGAUCAAGGUGCGCAACGACGCGUUGAUUAGAAAGUAGUCAUCGGAUGACACUCAGAAGCCAUCGAUCAACUGCGACUAGAUUACAGGACCCGCCAGGCUCACMGCGUCAAUUAUUCGGAGCUUGCAAGUUCUGAAAGCUUAUCGAGAACUACGUAGACAUAAAUUAUAGUCUGCUGAUAACCAUGGCAUCCAAUACUAGUCAAAUAAUACGACGAAGACGCAACAAUGUUCAGAAUGGAAUGAUUUCUACGAAGACAUUUCUAUAUUUGUUUUUCACGUCGGUCCUCGCAACCUUCCCUGUAGGGAAUGUUCGUGCUUUUGCUCCUACGACGAAAUUGAUUCUCACAAGCGGCAAGAAGAUUCAUGUCGGAACCACAAUUCACGUCGGACAGCACAGUUACCACAGUUUGCGACAAUCAUCUCCCCGAACAAACUCUCUGGUCCUAGCAUCCACAAAAGAUGCCGAUAUCGACGGAGCCACGGUUAACGGAGGUUCCGACUUAUUCGUCACGACCUUGAAACCUGCACGAAGUAUUUCCAAGUUGACUGCAACCCUGAGGAAAAUUGGGUUGAUGGCCUUCAUUGCUUCGAUGUGUUUGGCCCUGCCAGUUGCCCUCUUUCCGCCUUAUUUGCUGCACCGUCUCAACUUGAUCUCGAAAGUCGAGCAACAGAACAGGGCACUGAGGGCCGGUCAGUUUUGUGCACGAUGGUUGCUUCGGUUGAUACCCUUUGCCAAUGUUUCGUGUGUGAGCUCUCCCGACCAAGAAACGGACCCACAGCCUUGCAUAUGGGUGUGCAACCACACGUCCGCCUUGGAUAUUUUUGUUCUUCUUGCAAAGGAUAAAGAGCUACGAGGAAAAAGGAAACGACCGAUCAAGAUCGUUUACGUAAGUACGGAACAGUUGAAACGAAUUGGAAUAAGAAACUAUGAAUGGAAUUGGUGUCAAUCCUAGACUUAUUCUAUGAGAAAUCGACAAAAAAUUCAAACUGUCUGAUAGUAGUUAAAGCAAAAAACGAAUUUUUGCUYKAAGGGCAUUGCUAUUGUUUCAUCUUUUCCUCGUCACCUCGCUCAUAUUUCCCUGCUCUCAAUAAUAUUUCUUGCAUUGUUUCAUCCCUUGGUUACCCCACCCAAAUGUCCGACUCGAAUGCAAUUUUAACCAAUCAAUACCUCAGUGGAAGGGACUGGAAGACAAUCCGAUCACGAAAUUAUUGUUUACUCAGUGUGGAUUUAUUCCCGUGGAAAUGGAGGGAAAUGCGGCUGGCGAAAAGAACAACUACAACAUGAAAUCCUUCAAAAAUUUGUURAAAAUGAGCAAACAAGCGUUCGAGGAAGGCUUUGACAUUGGCAUCCUMCCCGAGGGCCAAUUGAACCCCCAUCCCGAGGAAAAACUUCUGCCGUGCUUCCCUGGAGCUUUUACGCUGGCGAAGAUGUCCCGACGGCCAAUCCGCUUUAUGGCAUUGCACGGGACCCACCGUUUUUGGCACGCCCGAGAAGAUAUUGGAAUGACCGUAACCGGCAAAGACAUUUCUCUGCGUGUCUACCCCGGCGAGGGUCGCAAAUAUUCAUCUCCCGAAGAAUUUGUGUCYACCUUUGAGWCGGUCGUGGGAAAAUUUGCUACGACAGGAAAGGACUUAGACGAAGAURAAUUAAAUGCAUGGUUGGACGGGAGCAAAUGGGAAGACGAAACGAAAUCAGAAGAAUAAGAAGAGUAGGGAAUUAAUAUUAAGCGCUAAA